AUGAACGAACACACAUCGCAGCAUUCUGUCCAAGACACAGAUGCUGGCAAUGAUAUUCUUGUUUCACUCCCCAACCAAGCCGCCAAAUUGAUUACGGCGACCAGUGGUGAAGAUUCAAACCCCUCAGGCGAAUAUAUCUCACUACCGCUCACCCCAGGUCUUUCCACUACCGAUCCUGCACCCAGUAGUCAGUCUGCAUCGAUCAUUACAUGUCGCUCUCCAAGGAUUUCUCUCCCAUCAGAUCUUCGCCCACCGGCUACACCUCCGCCAGCUUCACCUCCCCCGGCUUCAUCUCCCCAGGCUUCAUCUCCCCAGGCUUCACCUCCCCCGGCUUCGUUCCGGACGGGUAGUCCUGGCGUCCAACAGCCAAUAAAUCUCGCCGCACACAGACUACCCCCCAACGGCAGCUCUGUGGCAAUUCCACUCCAGACGCCAUCAAAUACUUCUACAGGCAAAGGCUUCUUGACGUAUAGUGUGCUCUCGACUGCUAUUUGUGCUCUGGGACUGUUUAUCUUCAUAACAUUGGUUACCUGGAAAAGCGCAUCCUUGGAUUGGCCACUCGCCAACCUCUCGAUCACUUCGGGUAUCCUUCUCUUGUCCUUCGUUUCCAAGUUUAUUGACUGGGCUCUUGAGAUGCUUUCGGACGUGGGCUGGGAGAAGCUGUACUGGGGAUGGUUAUUGCAACGCAGCGGCGGCAACCUUCUCACAUUUCUGGUUGUGAAUUCUGGACUCAACGCGUGGUUGAAGGCCCUGGUCUAUGCUCCUAAACAAUCCUCUCGGUCAUCUUUACGUCUUGUUACCCUAUCGAAACGACAAUUGCUGGCUCGCUGGCCUCAGUUCUGGGCCUUUUGGAGGCAAGGAUGGAACACGACUUUCGAAAAAUCCAUUUUCUGGGCGGAUAAGGAGUGUCGAGUCUAUGGCUCCGCCAGCAACGCUGUACAGAUUUGCGCCAAGGAGAGCAACAAAGGCGGCUCAAUCCUCACAGGUAUUCGUGCUUGCGAUCCAGGGCAAUUAGACGACACAGGAGACUGCACACUGAACCCAGACUGGCCAGGGUGGGAUUCUUUCGUAGCUUUCUCGUCAACACUCGAUAUUCACCGCCUCAACACAAGCAUAGCGGCAGAUCGACGAAGCAGCGCUAUCCUCGACGUCUUGGACAAAGGUGAGGCGCAUCGCCAGAAAAUCGAGUCAACGAACUUUCUCGAUGCCUUCGACAAUCUCCUCUGCCCUUUCAACCCCGACAACUCUUCCACUACCUCACGAUACUGCGAGAUUGGCCAAGCAAGGUCCGACCUGACCAAUUCAUUAUGGUCCGUCAUCUACAGCAAUUACAAUGUUGGCGCGAUGGAAAGCUCACUUGCCGUUGAAACACUGCGAAACCUCUUCGCCACCGCCCUUUUCCUCUUCAACCCCGUCUACCGCGGGGCCGUCCUGACAAGCGAGCCAGUAUUUUCGCGCACUACCCAGGCAGGACUUGCCGAUGAGAACUACUUCCCAGGGUCUGCGGCCCGAGUAUCAUCGUACGUGGCACCCAAGCCUUGGAGUGUCGUAGCAUUCACCGUUUCGGGCGCUUUCAUGAUUUUCGCUUCUCUGGCAGCGGUAUGUGUCUCUUUAUACUUCAAGCAGCCUACGACUUCAACAUUCGAUCCUAUAAAUGUAUUUUCGGUCAAAGUGAGUGAACCAGCUCAGGUUGGUAGCCAUGAACUGGGCAGCAUUCAAUAUGAAGGACAAGACCGAGAAGGAGAUCAUGCGGGUAGCAGCCGGGCUGUGGAUCGAGCCAAGGGCAUAGCUAAAGAAUGA